AUGUCGACUGUGAAACACCUUCUGGCGACGAACUGCCAACAGACUGAGACGAAAACUGCUAAAAGGAACAUCCACCUAUCGCCUGAAAAAGUGCUAGACGCUCCUGAUAUCCUUGAUGAUUACUACCUCAACUUGCUUGACUGGAGCAGCAAAGGAACCCUCUCCAUUGGGCUUGGCACCAGAGUAUACCUAUACACUCCCGCCAGCAUACGCGAACUCACUCAAAAGGAGGAUGAAUAUAUUUGCUCUGUUUCUUCUAAUCCGCAGGCAGAGAUGCUGGCGGUAGGGUUGUCCAAAGGAACAGUCGAGAUCUACGACAUUGAACGGGAAACGCUUGUUCGGACAUUGCGGGGACACGCUGAUAGGGUAUCCUCUUCCGCCUUCACCUUCGGCAUGCUCUUCACUGGCUCCAAGGACACCAAGAUCAUCAGCCACGACGUCAGGGCCCACCAGAGCACAAUUUCCAAGUACAUCGGCCACAGGGGAUAG